GUUGUGGGUGUUUGGAGCAGCCUUUUAGGCAAAUUUUGGGUGUUCGAGCAGCCUUUUUAGGCAAAUUAUUGGGUGUUCGAAGCUGCUUUUGAACCAAGGGUUUGUGUUUACUGGGAAACUGAGAGACGAGGAAUGGGAAAAGACGAGGAAGAAAUGAGAGGAGAGAUAGAGGAAAGGUUGAUAAAUGAAGAAUACAAGAUCUGGAAGAAGAACACUCCUUUUUUGUAUGAUCUAGUGAUCACCCACGCUCUUGAAUGGCCUUCUCUUACUGUUGAGUGGCUGCCUGACAGAGAGGAGCCACCUGGCAAAGACUAUUCUGUUCAGAAGAUGAUCUUAGGAACCCACACUUCCGAGAAUGAGCCCAAUUAUCUUAUGCUUGCCCAGGUCCAGCUUCCUCUUGAUGAUUCUGAAAAUGAUGCCCGCCAUUAUGAUGAUGACCGCUCUGAUUUUGGUGGUUUUGGAUGUGCUAAUGGCAAAGUUCAAAUUAUUCAGCAAAUUAACCAUGAUGGAGAGGUUAAUCGGGCUCGUUAUAUGCCUCAAAACCCUUUUAUUAUUGCAACCAAGACUGUUAGUGCCGAAGUCUAUGUCUUUGAUUAUAGCAAACACCCAUCUAAGCCUCCUCUGGAUGGUGCAUGUAGUCCUGAUUUAAGGCUCAGAGGCCACACCACUGAAGGUUACGGUUUAUCUUGGAGCAAGUUCAAGCAGGGUCAUUUGCUCAGUGGUUCUGAUGAUGCCCAAAUAUGUUUGUGGGAUAUUAAUGCAACUCCUAAAAAUAAAGCCCUUGAGGCUACACAGAUUUUUAAGGUUCACGAAGGUGUUGUUGAAGAUGUAGCAUGGCAUCUGAGACAUGAAUACUUAUUUGGUUCUGUUGGGGAUGAUCAAUACCUUCUUAUAUGGGAUCUACGGACACCAUCAGUCAGCAAGCCUGUCCAAUCUGUUGUUGCUCACCAGAGUGAGGUGAACUGCCUAGCAUUUAAUCCAUUUAAUGAGUGGAUUUUAGCAACGGGGUCUACUGAUAAGACGGUUAAGUUAUUUGAUCUGCGCAAAAUUAGUACUGCACUCCACACAUUUGAUAGUCACAAGGAAGAGGUUUUUCAAGUUGGGUGGAAUCCAAAAAAUGAGACUAUCUUAGCUUCUUGUUGUCUUGGUAGAAGGCUUAUGGUUUGGGACCUCAGCAGGAUUGAUGAGGAGCAGACACCAGAGGAUGCAGAAGAUGGUCCACCUGAGUUGCUCUUCAUUCAUGGUGGUCACACAAGUAAAAUUUCAGAUUUCUCAUGGAACCCAUGUGAAGAUUGGGUUAUUGCUAGUGUUGCAGAGGAUAACAUUCUGCAAAUUUGGCAGAUGGCAGAGAACAUUUACCAUGAUGAAGAUGAUUUACCUGGAGAUGAACCCACAAAAGAGUCAUAAGAGAUUGUCAUUUGUAGAAGAGAUGGAUGAGGAGCAGACACCAGAGGAUGCAGGAGAUGGUCCACCUGAGUUGCUCUUCAUUCAUGGUGGUCACACGAGUAAAAUUUCAGAUUUCUCAUGGAACCCAUGUGAAGAUUGGGUUAUUGCUUAAGGUUUAGGGUUUUAGGGUUAAGGGUAUUAGGGUUUGGAGUAUAGGGGUUUAGGGUUUAGGGUUUAGAGGAGGAACAUGUCAAGGUUUGAGGUGUGUAAAUUUAAAAUCUUAUAUCCAUUAAUUGUGAAGGCCAUUUAGUACAUCCUUAGCUUUCCAAUUAGUAUCUGUUGAUUUUCAUUGUUACUUAUGUACUAAACAUUGAGUACGUGUUCAAUAAUCACAUUUUAUUUUUAAUU